AAAUAAUCAAGUUUUUGUGGCCCUCGGGCAUGGACAGAAUGUAAUUAAAAGAGAAAAACAACAAAUUUGAUAUAGUGUGGGUGAGUGAAUGAAUAGAAAGAAGUCAUGGCUUAUAGUUCUAUUUCUAUUUCUCAAGAUAUGGCUUCAAUGGCCACAGAAAUCUGCAACCAAAUAGCCUCCAUAUUUUCAAAGCCCACUCAUCCAUACCUACCCCCACUGGACCUCUUAGUCACCGAGCUCUCCACCGUAGCCUCUCAAAAAGCCCGUGUUUUCCUCUACGGAGUGGGCCGCGAGGGCCUUAUGCUCAAGGCCUUCUGUAUGCGCCUCGCCCAUUUGGGCCUCUCGGCCCAUCUAGUCUUCGAUAUGACCACUCCACCAAUCACCGCCGGAGAUCUCCUCAUCGCCUCCGCUGGUCCCGGAGGCUUCUCCACCGUAGAUGCUUUAUGUUCGGUGGCGCGAUCUAACGGUGGAAGGGUGCUGCUUCUGACGGCCCAGCCUGAGACGGGGUCUUGUGUGAAGCACGCUAGCGCGGUAGCUUACGUGCCUGCGCAGACCAUGGCAAAUGAUGUGGAUGAAGCAGUGGAUGUGAAAUCUAGACCGUUGCUUCCGAUGGGAAGUGUAUAUGAAGGGGCGCUGUUUGUAUUGUUCGAGAUGGUUGUGUACAAGUUGGGGGAGCUCUUGGGUGAGCGCCCUGAAGCCGUUCGAUCCCGCCACACCAAUCUCGAAUGAAAUUGUAUCAGCCGUUCGAUCUUGCUGUGUAUUAUGUACUAAUCAGUAAUGUGAUCUUUCUUUAACUUCAUAAUCAUCAAUGUGAUCACUAGUUACUAAUUAGUGUGGUUUA